GUUAGUGUCUUCUCUUCAUCGUGACAUGUACAUAUUGUGAAUAUAACCAAUACAAAAAUCAUAAUAUCUUGAUUUUGAUAAAAAAAAUCAAGUUUAUUUUAUUCAAUAACUGCAGCUUCUCAAGCUAAUAUUACUAUCCGAAAAUGGUUAAUUUUUUAAACUUCGAAAUUGGAAAUAUAACCAUUGCCGACAUCGAAAAUUUAUUAGCGAAAUUCCCGAACUUUAAUGUCAGUGAUAUAAUUAUUCAAGUAAAUCCGAAUGGUACCGAAUUUAAAACUCCUUUAGCUCAAUAUGUACUCUUAAAUAAUAAUGAAGAAGCAUUGGAUUAUUUAAUAAAUUCCAAGGUAGAUCUGAAGUCCAUGUUCCAGGAUUUGGAACUGCUUUGCAUUUAGUUGCAUCAUGAGAAAACUUAAAAUUGGUUGAAAAAUUACUUAAGGCUGGCGCUAAUGUUAAUGCACAAUUGAGUUACAAUUUUACUACGCCACUCAUUGAGGCUGUGACGCACGGUCAUUUAGAUGUUGCCAAAUGCUUAAUUGAAAAUGAAGCUGACAUUCAUGCUAUAACAACCACGAAAGAAGGUUAGGGUCAUACUGCAGUACUCAUUGCAACUUCUUAUAGACGUGAUGAUAUCGCUGAAAUGCUGGUGAAGAAUGGUGCUGAUCCUUGCGCUAAAAUUGAAUUAGCAAAUUUAAAUGUUACCGGUGUUAAGAAUAUAUUAAGCACUACACCGAUUAUUAACAUCAACAGCAUUUUCAUCUGCAAACCUCAGUAUAAUAGAUGUCCAACUACUCUAGCUCAUCUAGCUAUCGAAUAUAAAAAUGAAGAAUUGUUAGAUUAUGAGAUCAUUUCGAACGCAGAUCUAAAUAUCAAUAUCCCACACCAAGGAACUGUUUUGAAAGUUGCUGCGAAAAUGGGAAAUUUGAAUGUAGUUCAAAAAUUAUGUGAAUUUGGAGCCGAUGUUAAUUUACAAACUUUUGAAUGGUCCACGCCACCACUGAUUCAUGCUGCGAAGGAAGGUUUUUCGAGGUAGUCAAAUAUUUGAUUGAAAAGGGAGCUGCAGCUGAUGCAUCAUGAUGUUGAUGCUGUAACUACAGAAUCUGGCUCUGAAAGUUUUAAUGCAUUGAUUUUUGCCGCUGAUAGGGGAUACAUAAAUAUCGCGUUUUUGCUAAAGAAUAAUGAUAAUCCUAAUGCAAUAUCAAAAUCAGAAUUAACUCCUAUCAUGUUUGCUUGUGGUCGCGAUCAUUUUGAAAUCAUGGAAAUGUUAUUAGCGUACGGUGCUAUUUAUGACUAUUCGAUCUUCCGUUUAACUAUAUUGAACAAAAGUGUCAAGACACUUGAGUAUCUAUUAACAUUAGAUAUAGAUACAAUUGAUACUUAUAUUACUGAAAAAAAAUUAGUGAAUUCCGUACUUCAUUAUUUUCUUAUAGAAAGUCUGAAACUAAGUCACAAAAACUUAGCUAUUCAGAAUCUUAAAGUUCUGAUCGAUGCUGGCGUUGAGAUUAAUAGUGUAAAUGAAAAUAACCAACUAGCUGUCAAAGUCGUCAAAGAUGGAGAGUUUUUAGAUUAUGUAAAAUGUCAUAUUGUUAAACUAAAAAAAGCUGGUAUCUAUGUUUGUCAAAAAAAUAUCAAAACUGUAGAAAAAGAAUUUGAUGAUUUUCACAUUGAAUGUCUCAAUGAAGUUAAAAAACUGAAAAAUGAUAAGAUAGGUCCAAGCAAUCUAGUAUUUUUUGAAGUUUUGCAUAAAAGUUUUCAUUCUCUGGCGAUUCGUUUAAAAUAUACUAAUAUUGAUAGUAUUGUAGAUAAAGAUAAAUUGUUGAAUAUAUAUCCUAUAUACGGCGGUAUAAUUUAUUAUAAGCUAGCAAAGGCUCAACGUAGAAUUAAGAUAGUAGAAAGGGUUGAGGAAUUUUUGAAUUAUGUUCUCAAUUAUUGUUCAAAAUUACCUUAUACUUUUAUUAGAGAAGUAUAUUUGUAUUUAACAAAUGAAAAUUUGAAAAAAUUAUGCAAUGAAAUAUAA